AUGCAUUGCCAAUGUCGUGCAGCACCCUGGAGAACUUUCAUCCAGGGCUUGGCACAAGUUCACAGCCUACAAAUCUCGACCAGGACAGCUCGACCAUGGCGUGCAGCGUCGGCACUCCCGUCUCCCGCGAGAUAUAGUCGGGGAUUCACGGCUUCAUCGGGCUGGAGACAGGAAGCUACGAGGUCGGCAGUCGCACCUGAAAACGCGACCGUCUCUGACAAAGAUGCUGUCGCGGAUGCAGCGGAACGGCCAACUGUGGCUGGGGCGAAACGCGCGCGAAGGAACCGAAUGACCGAUGGGAAGGCUGACAGUGAACCUUUGCCAUGGAAAUCGACGAAAGCUCGUGCGAACGAUACUUCGCCCGCGGUACCAACGCCGAAACAUAAGCAUAACAAGUUCAAGCCUCUCGAUCAAACAUCCGACCCGAACGCCCUGAAGCCCAAGACUCCCGAUUGGAAGAGCCAAAAGGCUGCUUUGAAGGAGAAAUUUCCCGAGGGCUGGCAGCCUCGCAAGCGGUUAUCCCCUGAUGCUUUAGCGGGGAUACGUGCGCUCAACGCCCAGUUUCCAGACACAUACACUACAGAGGCGCUGGCAGACAAGUUUGAAGUGUCUGUGGAGUCGAUACGGCGGAUUCUCAAGAGUAAAUGGACGCCGUCCGCGCAGGAGGAGCAGGAUAGACAGGAGAGGUGGUUUAGGCGGGGGAUGCAGGUGUGGGAGAGGAAGGCGGCUCUUGGGGUGAAGCCGCCGAAGAGAUGGAGGCGGGAGGGUAUUGUGAGGGAUAGCGCGUGGCAUGACAGGAAGAAGGGAGCGAUUAGGCGAGAGAGGAAGUGGGAGGAGCAGGAGAGGGAGGAUGAGAGGACGAGGAGGAAUUAUGGCGAGAAGGGCGGUGACGAUUUUGCUAAGACGGGUGGAAGUGAGGACGGGAACGAGAAUGGGAAAGGGGGAUGGUAG